AAGAGCGUCAACAUGACCGAGUGCGUGCCCGUGCCCAGCUCCGAGCACGUCGCCGAGAUCGUGGGGCGGCAAGGUAACGCCCCGCUCCCGGUGCCGCCCUAUUACGGCGGGCGGGUGGCGGACGGCAGCCCCGGCAGCCCCUACGGCGGCGGCGGCGGCUUCCCCUUCGGCGAGGCGCCGCUGGGCGCCGACGAGUGCGACUUCGCCUUCGACUUCCUUGCCCUCGACCUGACGGCGCCCGCUGCCAUCUGGGCGCCCCUGGAGCGCGCGGGGGCCCCGCAGCGCCGCGGCAGCGGCCCCGGCUCCCCGCGCCACUCGCCGCCACCGCCGCCCGAGGGGCCGGAGGCGGCGCCGGGCCGGCGCGCGCCCAGCGAGCCCCUGAGCGCCCUGCCCUGGCUGCCCGCCCAGGGCUCCCUCUCGUCCUUCUCCACCAGCACGGGCUACUCGUCGUCCUCCUCGCUGCCCGGCAGCGUCUCGGCCGCCUCGGGCUCGCCCACCGACUCGAGCGGCUCGGAGGCGCCGCGGCGCAGCUCGCGCGAGUGCAUGGUGUGCUUCGAGGGCGAGGUGAUGGCCGCGCUGGUGCCCUGCGGCCACAACCUCUUCUGCAUGGAGUGCGCCGUGCGCAUCUGCGGCCGCGCCGAGCCGCAGUGCCCCGCGUGCCACGCGCCCGCCACCCAGGCCAUCCACAUCUUGUCCUAGGCG